AUGCGGCACAAGGUGAUCCACACGGGGGAACGGCCCUACACCUGCUGGGAAUGUGGGAAGAGAUUUGCGGACAGAUCCAAUCUGAGAAAACACCGGCGCAUCCACACUGGGGAGAGACCCUAUGAGUGUCGUGAGUGUGGGAAGAGGUUUCAGACCAGCUCUGAAUGCCACAAACACGAGCAGAUUCACAGAGAGGAGAGGCCCUUCUGCUGCCCCGACUGCGGGAAGGCUUUCAAGCAAAACUCCACCCUCAGUGCCCACCGGCGCAUCCACACUGGGUGGGAAGGAGGGAAGAACAAGGAGGUGCUGGCCAGGACUGCAAAGACGGUGGUAGAGGAGUCAAGAGGCCUGAGGGGAAUCUCGCAGUGCUGGCGUGGUGUGGUGCAGCAGCAGGUUCAGUGGUUCCUGGAGGCGGCGGGGCAGGCGCCGGACCUUGCGGAGCGCUACUGCCGGCUGUACCAGCGCCUGCGCGGGGCCACGGAGGAGCUCUUUGGGCAGCAGGCUGCCUUUGUGCUGGCCCUGGGCCAGGGCUUUGCGGGGGCUUUGCUGCAGCUCUCCUUCCUGACUGCCCUGCACGUGAGUGAGCAGUUUGCCCGCUACCUUGACGUGCAGAUUCAGGAGCUCCGCAGGGCUGCAGGCAGCACUGGGCCUCUGGAGCGGCUGCAACAGUUCUUGGAGCCCUUUGCCAUCUUCAGUGGCCUGGAGUUUGCCCACACCUUUGAACACUUCUACAGGCACUACCUGGGGGACCGGCUGCUGACGCAAGGGCCAUCUUGGCUGGAGGAGGUUGUGGAGCAGAUCGGACUGUGCUUCCCCAGCCGCUUUCCCCAAGAUAUGCUGAGCAACUUGGCCCAGUCAGAGGAGCUCCAGCGGCAGUUCUGCCUCUUCCAGCUGCAGGAGCAGGAUAAGCGGCUACUGGAGCUGGACAUGGGCCUGGACGAGGUGCUGGGACCAGCUGCCAUGGCAGAUGUGCCAGAGGUGAAGGUGCUGGCUCUGUCCCCCCGCUGCUGGCCCGUUUCCCCACUCUGUUACAUGGAUAACCCUGGGAGGUUUUUCCCGGCGGUGCUGAGCUCCCCGCUGGAUGAGUUUGCUGACUUCUGCCGGCAGAGACAAAGCCAGCUUGGCUGGGAGUGCACGAAGCCCCGUCGGCUGCAGUGGACGUGGCUGGGCCACGCCGAGCUGCAGUUCGGAGACUGUGUUCUGCACGUGUCCACGCUGCAGAUGUACAUCCUGCUGUGCUUCAACAGCGCCCAGGAGGUGGCUGUGGAGGCCCUGCUGCAGGCUACGGGGCUCCCUGCUGACCUGGUGCACCACUCGCUGACACCACUGACCCACGGCCAGGGCGUCCUGGUGGGGAGCUGCACUCCAGGGGGUGUGCUGCGGCUGAACCAGGCAGCCCUGGCCCAGAGCUCCGGUCGUCAGCUGAGGCUGCUGCCCCAGCAGAGGUACCUGCGCACAGAGAGGGCCGAGGUGAGUGCCCUGGAGAAGAAGAGGAACGUCCUGUGCUGCCUCAUCACCCGCAUCCUCAAGGUGGAGAAGCAGCUGCACAUUGACAACCUGGUGUUCAGGGUGAUGGAUGCCUGUCAGAAGGGCGAGCUGGGGCCAGGGAUGCAGUUCCUGAGCUUCUGCUGCCACAGCGUGGACGUGCUGUCCUGCAUCCUGCACCUGCUGAGCCAGGGCUACCUCUGGCGCCAGGAGGGGAGGCCUCAUGUCUUGGAGUACAUCUCUGCUGAAUCCACAGCACCUCUUGGCGGCCAAGCACAGAUGACUUUCCAGUGCAGGCCAGCCCAAGCGUCUCUGGAGGAGGAGAGCAGAGACAGCCUGCAUAGGCGGAAUCCUGACACAGACAGGGCGGAAGAAUAUCUCAUGGCAAUGCUACAGGUGCCAAUGGGGCACACACUCAGUCCAGAGGAGGCCAAGCUGCUCAUGAACCGGACAGUACAGCAGGUCCAGGAUACUCUGAGCAUACCUGAUGAUGUUGCUCAGCACCUCCUCAUGCACUGUCGGUGGAACGUGGAUUUCCUGAUCCAGUGCUAUGUGGAGACUGAGGCCCUGCUCAUCUCCUCAGGGCUGCAAGUGCAGGAUGUCCAGCCUCCCCCAAGCCCUGGAACCCACUGCCCAGUCUGUGUGAACCAGCUGUGUCCCACUGAGAAGCCACCAACCCUUUGCUGCAUGCACUACUGUUGCAAGCCCUGUUGGAGGGAAUAUCUCACAACUCGCAUUGAGCAGAACAUGAUUGUCAACUGCACCUGUCCCAUAUCCGAGUGCCGUGCUCAGCCAACAACAGCCUUCAUCUACUCCAUCGUGUCCUCCCAGGAGAUUAUAGCCAAGUAUGAAAAAGCCCUCCUCAGACGCUACGUUGAGUGUUGCUCCAACCUGACAUGGUGCACCAACCCUCAGGGUUGUGAUCAGAUCCUCUUUAAGGAUGGACUUGGUUAUGGAGCAGCCUGUUCCAAGUGCUCCUGGAUAUCCUGCUUCAACUGCAACUUCCCAGAGGCCCAUUAUCCUGCCAGCUGCAGCCACAUGUCUCGGUGGGUGGAUGAUGGUGGAUACUAUGAGGGAAUGACAAGUGAAGCCCAAAGCAAACAUCUGGCUAAGCUCAUUUCAAAGCACUGCCCAAACUGCCAGGCUCAGAUAGAGAAAAACGAGGGGUGCUUGCAUAUGACAUGUGCAAAGUGUAACCACGGCUUCUGCUGGCGCUGCCUCAAGCCCUGGAGGCCGAAUCACAAGGAUUAUUACAACUGCUCUGCUAUGGUGAGUAAAGCAGCUUGGCAGGAGAAGCGUUUCCAAGAUUACAAUGAGAGAUGCACCUUUCAUCAUCAUGCAAGGGAAUUUGCCACAAGUCUGAGGAACAGCAUUUCUUCCAUCAGAGAGAUACCAAAAAUAAGGAACUUGACCUUUGUUCUUGAUGCCUGCAAAGUGCUAGAACAGGCACGGAAGGUGCUGGCCUACUCCUGUGUAUACAGCUACUAUAACCAGGAUACUGAGAGCAUGGAUAUUGUGGAACAGCAAACUGAGAGCCUGGAGCUGCUCACUAAUGCUCUGCAGAUCCUUCUGGAGGAAACCCUGCUGUAGUACCAGGAUUUGGCCACCUCUCUUCAGCUCCUGAAAGCAGAGCACUUACACGUGGGUUUGGAGUUGGUGCGGCAGAUCAAGGAGCGUCUCUUUGCAAUUCUCUGGCACUCCACACAGGAUUUCCAUGUUGGGCUCCAGGCUUCAGGAGAUGCUGUCCAGAGAAAGUUGAAACUUGCAAAUGUGCCUGCUUCAGCCCUUGCAUGUACAGGGCAAAAACGUAUCAUCCUGUGUGACUCCCUCAACACAGAUGAAGGUGACAAGGAGGUUGAAGAUGAGGAGUAUGAUCCACAGUGGCAGGAAGACUAUGAUGAUGAUGAUGACCUUGAUGAAGACAACUUUAUGAUUGAUAAUGAUUCAGAUUGUGAUUCCUACUUUGAUGAUAAUGAUAGCUAUCGUAGCUAACACUAGAAAUGUUCUGUCUCCCAGUCAGCCACCUUGGACCUCUGGCUCUACUUUGUGUCAACCAGUUUGUGUUAAUGUUUUUCCUGAAAGGCAGGGAGGAGCUCUCAGAUGGAAAAAAACAUUUCCUCUGAGAGGUUUCUUGCUCAGUGACUCUCGAAUAUGCAGGAACAUGCUCUGGGCAGCUGGUCUGUGUUACUGUGGCCACGUCUCUGAGAAAGACAUCUCCUUGCCUUUUUUGCUUGUCUCCAGUUC